GUAAGAAGGACAAUAUAGAAGCGCAGUAGUUUGAGUGAAACAACCAAACAACUCCGACAACUCGGAGUUCGCUUUUUAUUGGCCAGCGUUAUUUGUUCACGGCCCCAGUGUUCGGAGAGAUGGUGUAGAGGGAACGUGUAAUAUUUUGCUAAAAUGAUUUUAUUUUGAGGAGAGCCAUGGAGGUCAUGUGUGACGCAGAGGGGGAGAGUGUUAAAUACAAGCCCGGCGGGCGUCUGGACAUGAGCCACGGGUUCCUGCGGCACAUCAGGAGGAACCAGAUCGCCAGGGAUGAUUAUGACAGAGAAGUAAAGCAGGCUAAGGAGAAACAGAGGCGCAGACACACCACCACCCCUCGGCGUCCUCGGAGACCCGACCGUCAGGUCUAUCACCCGCGCCUCCGGAAUGGAUCUGAACCUGGUGUGAAUGCGGAGGCAGAGGACUGGAAUGAGAGCAGCUCUGGCACAGAGCCGGAGAACACUGGCACAGAGCUGUUCUGGCUCGAUUAUCAAGCUGACAGCGGCCAAAUUACAUCUCUCAUUGUCCAUAAGGAGGACAAGCCAGAAGUUAUUGUGGAACGCGUGGCAGAAAAGAAUGCUCUGGACUCGGCCAUGAGGGCGGCGCUGUUGGCACGUGUGGGACAGGAAAUGGACAAGCGCUGUGACAAACGCUGAGAGAAAGAGAGAGGAGCUUUAAUAAAAGUGGAGAACAAAGCACUGAGCAUUUCUGUACGACGGCACCAAGCAUUCGGAGAUGCCAUGUAUCCUAAUAUGUGAAGGUGUAGCCUUCUUGAAAGAGAGUAGACUCAAACCUCAAGAGAAAGGACACUGUUAAGCAUGCAACUGAUCUUGUUUGAUCUAAAAUAGUAUGUAUUACAGAAAACAGGACACGGAUUGUUCUUUCAACUGGAAACUGAAAUGCUUGUCACGUCACGCUUAGGAAAGACGCUGGACAAAUGUUGAGAGCUCUGAGGUGUUGUGUGGCACUUUUUACACCUGAGGUGACUUGCUGGGGUUUUAUAACCACAAGGUCUACAUUUCUUCACUAGGUCUCAUAAGUCUGUGUCUUAUAGACUUCCAGAAGAGAGUGUUUUUAGAUAUGGUUUAGGCUGAAUCCCCACAGAAAUCAGGACAAAAAUGAAACCAAACUUCCGGUCUGUUUUAGUCUAAGCGAAGGUUUGAAGGAAUCAACCUAUUGCUGUGAUGUAGAUGCUGAGGAAGUCCAAACAAAGUUAAAAGAAUGCUAACGAGGUCCUCAUUGCUCUGAUGUUUAUAUCCAUGCAUUUGGAUAUCUGCCUCUUCCUGUUAUGUUCAUAAAUAUUCAUGUUGAUAUAAAUAUCACCUUUUCCUCUGUUGGUGCUCAUGAUGUUGUGGAAACAGAAAAGGACCAAUAUGUGACUUUUUUUUCUCCCUCUGUCUCUUUUUUUUCACCACUUCAUUGUUCAGGUAGAUUUUUAUUUUUGUAAUCGUGUUUCAACUGUGUACUCUUUUGUUCUUGUUUAGAUUGCGGGAUGAAUUGUUCAUUCUGCCUUACAGACAGAUGAUGGCAGUGUGCACUGUUUACAUUGGGUGCAAAAAUAAAUUUUUCUUUAACUGCUUCUGAGUUUCAUCAAUUGAGCUUGUAUUCUGGGGGCUUUUAUGCCUGAAAACUCACCACAGGAAGGCUCUUUAAAUUAAAUUCAAAGCAAGAAAGUAUUCAAAAGUAUUCAUACCCCUUAAUGGUUUUCAUGUUUUAUGUUGAUGCUUUAUGUUAAACACACCCCUCAAUAGAAGGUCUAACAGCUGAAAAUCCAUAUCAGAGCAAAAACCAAGCCCUGAAGUCAAAAGAACAGCCUGUAGAGCUCAGAGACAGGAUUGGUGAUUUCUAAGCACAAAUCUCAGGUAUGGGGCACCAACCCAAUAACUGUUUUUUUU